AUGGAACCCUUGUCGCCACAACUACCUCCAAGUAGAGACCCUGAAGGAGGAGGGGGUAUUUCACUACUUCCUUCUGCAAGCCCACCUCUACCCAGCAGUCCAGUCUAUUCUCACCGCGAUGAUGAAACAAGUCAUUAUCAUAAUGUUGGCGACGAGAGUUUACCUUCUGGACAGAAACGGCAUUUAAUGAAUUUUGAGAGCUCUUUUAGGGCUGAUUCAGAGCUCAGUCGGUUGUCUUCAGAUGCACCUGCAGAGCGCGAGGCCGAGGAGAGAGAGGUGCCUGGUAGGACUGCAUCUGCGUCUGAACUCGGUCGCGUAGGUGACAUGGGACCACCACCGCUUCCGGUUAACACGGGUGCUUCUGCUGCGAGUAAGAGACGUCUACACCGUAGCGCAAGUAACAUCUCAAAUCGAAGUAGCAAAUCAGGUCGAAGCAUUUCAGCGUCGAAUCGCAGCACAUCGGUUUCGCACAGAAACAGGAACGGGUCAGUGUCGACCACUAAGGAGGAGGUGGAAGAGGAGAAGAGCGAAGAGCGGCAACAGGGGAUCACUGCAGGUUCGUCACCGUUUUUGCCGUUUUCAACGGGCGAUUCAACCGGGUCCGAAGAACCUUUUAGCACCCCACUUCAUCUAUCUACUAGCGAUAACGACGCCGCACUCGAAAAUUUCAGUAGCAGCCCCACUGUUGCUGCGUUAACAAGAAAUUCUUCACGGAGCGCAUCGGCGCUGGGUCCAGCGUUCGUGCCCACUCAGCGUUCCAAAGAGCCGGAACAGCAGUCAUCAUCAUCAGAGGAAGAAAUUGGACUAGGGAUCCAGAGGCAACCAUCAGCAAGAUCGUUACCAGGGGAAGAGGGAGCGGCUGUCAAAUCUUCAAGCGCCUCUACACUGUCUGCAAGAAUUCAAGCUAGCUCUUCGUCGAGUUAUGGAGCGUCGCAUAGGAAACGGCCAAAGUUUUUGAAAUCAAGACAGAGCUCGAGUCAACGGAGUAGUGUGUCGAGCAUGACGGAUAUGCACCUAGAUUUGAACCUGGAUAUGGAUCAUGAUGGAGCAAGCACAAUUACGGCGGGAGAUGUUGGUGGCGGGGGGGCCUUGUCAAGGUCUACCAGCUUGGGAUCCAUUGCUUCUGGGGUGACUGGAAUCGCUGGAGGAAGCAUUUACGGGGAUAAAAACAACGGAGUUUCCAUGUCCGCAGCUGAAAGAGCUCUGGCCCGCCUUGAUGAGGAGGAACGGAAUUCGAGAAGGGGCUCUAUCGUUGAUGAUAAGGAAGCGGGUAAAGGUCGCCAGGCAAAAGAGGACUACAAAGAGCCCACAACGCCCACCGACCAAAAACCACCGCUAGAACCCACUGAUACCAUUAUAACUGCACAUGUAAAGUCGAUACACAUACCUGCAACUGUAACACGAGAGUACCAUUCCCGCCAUCUUGGCGGGAUGACUCCCGGAAGUCCAUCAAAGCGGACAGGUGCAGCUCCCGUUCUACCACAGGGAAAGAACAUGACUCUGAAAGAACAGAGUGCUAUCAUCGACCGUCUUCAAAAAGAAAACUUCGAUCUCAAGAUUAAAGUAUUUUAUCUCAACGAAAAACUCGAGAAACAAUCCGACGAGGGAAUUAAAGAAAUGACAAAGGAGAAUGUUGAGAUGAAAGUAAAACUUGCCGAAGGGAUGAGGGAGCGGAAGUCACUCAAGAGACGGCUGAAAGAGUUAGAGAAAAAGGUUGAGGAUAUGGGUGGCGAGAAAGAGGGGAGAGAGGACGGCGAAGACGGUGAGAUUUGGGAAUUAAAGGAACGAGUUGAGAGAUAUGAGAUUGAGAUUGAGCAGUUGACUCGCCGGGAGCGGGAACGCGAGGAGAGACUAAGAAACGACAUCGGGAGUAAAGGAGAGCCGGCAAGAGCUGAGGAUGUUGAAAUGCUUCGUGAAUUCCUUGAAACCGAAACCGCACGCAGAGAACAAGUCGACCUUGAGAACCGCAGACUACGAGAAGAACUCUGGAGAUUGCGAAACGAGCCAAAUAACUCUCACCUGAGUACCGGUAGCACUCGACAAAACUCUGUACGAGGCGGUUCUGAACCAAGAGAGGAUGGCAGCUUAAUGAGUCAACUCCGUUAUGAGAAUGAUGAGCUCCGUAGAGAAGUUGGUGCCCAGACAAGCAUGCUUACCUCUAGGAACCGUGAAAAGGAGAGACUCUACCAGGAAAUCGAGGACUUGAAACUACACAUGCGGAAUGGUGGAAUUAGCUCUGCAAUGGGUAUGUCGGACAGGGGAAUGAUGAACGACAAUCGCUCCGUCAUUGGCAGCACCAUCCUCGGCAGCGACCGUAUCCUCGAACGAUCCAUCUCUCGUGCCGGUGCUGCAAGUGCAACCGGAACUCAUGCUACGAAUCUUAGCGAGAGUGAGAGAGAUGACUAUGAAAACGUCAAUGGUGAACUCCGAGACCGUAUAUCCGAGCUCCGCCUCAAUAACCAAGAGCUUAAACUCCAACUCGACGAUUGCUACCGUGUACUCCACCAGCGUGAAGAGGAAGCAAAACAGCUCGAAGCUGAGUAUGCGGAGGAUCUCGAAGUCGCACAGGCAGAAGUCCAGGAAAUGCAAGCUGAACGCAACGAAGCUUUGCGCAUGCACGAGGAAAUUGGAUUAGAUUUCGAACAGCUGAAGGAGGAAGCUGAGGAGGAAAUCCAACGGCUCGAGGAGGAGAUGGUUAUCCGUGUGAAUGAGUUGAAUCAUGAGCUUAACCGGGUGGAGGAGGAAGCCCGCAUGAAGGAAGAAGACUUCAGGGGAUUACAGCUGGAGAUGAGGAAUGUAUCUGAAACCGUGGUUAGGUUAGAGGACGCUCAGGAGGAACAUGCUGGUGAAAUCCAGCGGCUGGAACAGAAAAUCGAGGAGUUAGAGAGGACUAUACAGGAGAACGAAGAAGAGAUGAACGCACUGGAGAACACUCUCAGGGAAGCCAACGAAAAGAUCGAUAUGAUGACCGUCCAGAGCGAGAGUGCAAAGGGGGAAAUUGCAUUCUUGAGGGAAGAGCAAGAUGCUGAUAAGAUCAAAAUCGGAGAGUUACAGAACAUCAUCAAGGGUAUGAAGAAGGAGGUCGAAGACGAACGGGAACGUUUCAAAGAGACCCAAGAACAACUGGAGGCCGAGCGUCACGAGCGUGAAAGCUCGGGCGAUCAACGUCACCAAGAAUGGGAGAAGAAGGUCAAUGAAAAAAAUAACGAAGUCAUGACUGUCAAAGAGGAAGUCCGCAGACUACGUGGUAAAGUUUCCACCCGCGAAGAAGAGGCGAAACAGUGGAAAGAAAAGUUGGAAGACCUUGAGAAGGCUCUCAGAGAAGCUAUGGGUGAUCUCUCGGGAACACGUUCUGGCAUACUUGAGGUAAACUCGCGCGCACCAUCUGGUGAAAAGACGAGUCUAAUAAAGGACUUGAAACAGUCAAUCGUAAACAUGCAAAGCGAACUGGAGAGUACCCUGGAGGAACUAGAUUACACAAAGAAUUUGUUGAGUGAAAAAGACCGGAUGUUGAAGGAUAGAGAACAUCUUUUGGAGACUAUGGCACUCGAGUCGAGAAAGCUCUCGGAUAUGCUUGAUAAAGAAAAAUCCGGUCGCAAGACAGAUCGUGCCACCAUUGAUACUCUACAAACAAACCAUCAACAAUCUCGACACAAACUCUCACAGCAUCAGACACAGUACACCGAUCUAGAGAAAGCUCGGAGCAAAGAUAACCGUACUAUUCAACAGCUUGAGCAUCAAUAUCGCGAGCAGCUCGCAGAACGUAAUAAUCUCCUCAUCCAAAUCUGGCAACGUCUCAGUGCCCUAUGUGGACCAGAUUGGACUCAACGCAAUAGUAUUGUCCAAACUACCACCGGCCCUGGCGGUGCUACCGGAAAACAGAGUAUGGAAACUGCAGUUGUUGGUGCUCUGCAAGGAUUCCAGAAGAAUAUGCUCUGUGGGGUCAAAACCAUCGAGAGUAUUGUGGCUGGAUUCAAAACUCGCUGCAGAGGCGUUGAGAGGGAUCUGUGGAAAGAAUAUCAGGUCGUUGAGAAUGCCCUUGAGAGCCGCACCCGUCGUUUAGAACGACUCGAAAAUCUCGUUCGCGGCGGUAUCGGUGAGCAAAGCGGCAUGAGAACUGAGGUUGCAAAGCUCAGGACGGAAAACAGACUCUUGAAAGCUGAGCUCAACGUUAUGAAAAACGAACAGGCAGCCGCGCAACAGACGUCGCCCCUCCAUAGGUCGAAGACUGUUGCUAGCUCUUCUUCAAACACUAUUGUCGCUUCAACCCCAACAGAGCGGAAACAUCGUCAUCGACAUCACCGUGAGAAGGACGGAGAUUCUAAGUCUGAUUUCCUUAACGAGAAACAAGAAACAGCCCUUGUUGCCCCUCUCACUCCUGGCAUUAUGACUAGAACCGCUUCUACAGCCUCUGUGCCGGUGUCAACCGACUCGACAGAUGUCUCCGAGAAGCGCUGGAUCUUGCGCCUUCGUGAGCUUGAAAAGCGUCUCAAGGCUGAGCGCGAGGCAAGACUGCUCGACCGCUCUGCGGCGAAGAAGAAGGUUGAUGAGGCGCGCGGGCAACGUGAAGAGUUGAAAGCUGAACUCGAGAGAGAACGAGUGAGUAAAAUUGGGAGUUGA